AUGGCAAUUGACAAGAUCCUACAGACUCAUUACAUCGGUAUUGAUGUCGGCACUGGUUCUGCCCGCGCCUGUCUAAUCGAUUCUAGCGGAGACAUCAAGUCUCUUGCUUCAGAGCCGAUUAAGCUGUGGCAGCCUCAGACCGGAUACUAUGAACAAUCAACAUCGGACAUCUGGUCAUGUAUAUGCACCUGUGUUCACAAGGUUGUUCACCAGUCCAACACUGAUCCGAACACCAUCAAGGGCAUUGGUUUCGACGCCACAUGCUCACUGGCUGUUUUCUCCAAUGUCACCGACGAGCCCAUCACAGUCACCGGUCCAAACUUUGAGGACGAUGGCAAUGCUCGCAAUGUCAUUCUCUGGCUUGACCACCGCCCGGUCGAGGAGACGGAGAAGAUCAAUGCCACCAAUCACAACCUGCUCCGAUACGUCGGCGGCACAAUGAGCAUUGAGAUGGAGAUUCCAAAGGUCCUCUGGCUCAAGAACAACAUGCCUCCGGAACUGUUUGACCAGUGCAAGUUCUAUGACCUGGCGGAUGCACUCACGCACAUGGCCACUGGCAAUGACACCAGAAGCUACUGCAGCACCGUCUGCAAGCAAGGCUUUGUUCCCGUCGGCGUUGACGGCAGUGUCAAGGGCUGGCAAGAAGACUUUUACGAGACAAUUGGUCUCGGCGACCUGGUGAAGGAUGACUUUAAGCGCAUGGGAGGCGUCGACGGGGUGAAUGGCAAGUACGCCAGUGCUGGUGAGCUAGUGGGUACUCUGUCCGACAAAGCAAGCCGAGAGCUGGGGCUGCCUGUCGGUAUUGCCGUCGGCAGCGGCGUCAUCGAUGCUUACGCUGGAUGGAUUGGAACGGUAGGCGCUAAGGUCGACACUGAGUACGGUCAAUCAGACGAGACACACCCGGCAAACGACAUUUCCCAAGCCUUCACACGACUUGCCGCUGUGGCCGGCACAUCGACUUGCCAUCUCGCCAUGUCUGAGAAGCCCGUCUUUGUCAAUGGCGUAUGGGGACCCUACCGAGAUGUGCUUCUUCCCGACUACUGGAUGGCCGAAGGUGGACAGUCUGCCACGGGCGAGCUCUUGAGGCACGUCAUCGAGACACACCCGGCGUAUUCCAGUGCCAAAACCAUGGCCGAGGCAAUGCAGACGAACAUUUACGAGUACCUAAACACUCACUUGGCCGAGUUGGCCGAGAAGCAGGGCGCUCCUACGAUAUCCUACCUGGGACGACACUUCUUCUUCUAUGGAGAUCUCUGGGGCAACCGUUCGCCGGUGGCUGAUGCCAACAUGAAAGGCGCAGUGAUUGGGCUGAGUUCAGACGCAAGUCUCGACGGCCUUGCUCUCUACUACUAUGCAACCAUGGAGUUCAUUGCACUGCAGACCAGACAGAUCAUCGAGGCCAUGAACGAGUCUGGCCACAGCAUCAGCACCAUCUUCAUGUCUGGCUCCCAGUGCCAGAACCCCUUGCUCAUGGAUCUCAUGGCCACAGCCUGUGACAUGCCGGUGCUGAUUCCGCGGUACGUCCACGCCGCCGUGGUGCACGGUGCGGCCAUGCUGGGAGCCAAAGCCGCCAGUGCCGAUGCCGACGGCAAGACGGAGAAUCUCUGGACCAUCAUGGACCGCAUGAGCAAGCCGGGCCGACUGGUCAAGCCCGGCACCGACGAGGGAGAGAAGAAGCUGCUUCACGCCAAGUACGAGGUUUUCCUGGAGCAGUGCCGUACGCAACAAGAGUAUCGCAGGAAAGUUGAUGAAGCAACUUCUUCUUGGGCAAAGGCUUUUGGAAAGUAA